CUUAAUAUAGAAAGUGAUGUUAAGAUAUGGGGGGAUAAAGAAUACUCCAGGUGACGUGUACGACAAUCACAGAAACAGCUGCGGUUACAAUUCGAGACAGAUCCCAAACUACCCACAACUCCAUUUUCGAUUACAGUGGUGCUGAAUCAUGGACGUCGAUCCUCGUCACUACGAUCACGUUGUAAUCAGUGAAAAUGAUAUUCACAACAUUGUUAUAUCAUACCUUGUUCAUAACUGCCACAAAGAAACUGCAGAGUCAUUUAUUGCUUGCACCGGGAUGAAGCAGUCUCCUGAUUACAUUGAGGACAUGGAGAAAAGAAAAAGAAUUAUAAAUUUUAUAAUGGAGGGUGAUGCACUCAAGGCCAUUGAACUGACAGAACAGUAUGCCCAUGACUUACUGGAGAAGAAUAUUGAGUUGCAUUUUGAUCUUUUGAGCCUUCAUUUUGUUAAUCUUGUAAUCUCUAGAAAAUGCACAGAAGCUUUGGAAUUUGCUCAGACUAAGUUGACCCCCUUCGGAAAGAUGGAAAAAUAUGUUAACAAGCUUGAAGAUUUUCUUGCUCUGCUUGCUUAUGAUGAACCGGAAAAAUCUCCAAUGUUUCAUUUUCUCAACCCCGAGUAUCGACAGGAAGUUGCAGAUAGCUUAAACCAGGCAAUUCUUGGUUUGUUUGCUGACUCAGCACAUGCAAAUCUUCCUAGCUAUACUGCAAUGGAGAGGCUCAUAAAGCAAACAACAGUUGUCAGGCAGUGCAUAAGUCCAGAGACUGAAAAGGAUGGGCUUCCACCAUUUUCUUUGAAAGAUUUUCUAAGAAGCUAAUGGAGGAAAUGUAUGCAAGUAUUACUGGCAUUGGGCAGUUGUGGCGUUGGUACGUAACGUAGUAGUCAUUGUGCUUGGUCACCAGUAAAAGUUGCUGAGAUUACCUUCUCAUGUAUCUCAGUUGUCCUUGCUUCUUUUGCUUUGUGAUACAGAACUGUAAAUGUGAUUGGCUCAAACUCCAUGCUAAUUGGUUUAGCCUAUAUGGUUUUUGAUUCAAUUCCAGUCCAAGGGUUGUAUAUGUUGCCUGCUUAAACUCUAUGCUAAUUAAUCGUUCUAUGAAACUCUCAUCCAUCUGUUGUUCUACGUUCCCUUUGCUCUCCCCAUUCUGUUGAAAAGUUAGCAUGCCAAAAUGGGGAAAAAUAAAAAUUCCCAACAAUUUGUGCUAUUCGGAUUUCUUAAUGAGAGACACAAGGACUUCGGAUGGCUAGUGUUCGAAAGGUUCCCAACUAUGUAGUCUCUGGUUUUUGGUCUACUUUGGUGUGUUUAUAUGGUUGGUUUUUAUAUGUUUAUUUGACAAUUGCUGUAAUAAGUAUUUGAUAAAUUAAUUUCGACUUAUCUUUAUAAAAUUAGAACUAAUUACAAGUCGUACUUGUAUUGUAACCUUCGGUCUUAGAGAAAGAACUUUCAUCAAGGUCACUUUGA